AGCAUGAUCCAGUGUUUAGUUUCCUUAUUUCCAUUGUCUUUUGUAUUUGAUCACCUUUACGUUUAUCUUAUCUUUGGUAGCACAUACAGUUUGCUAAAUUUUUCGUACUCGUAUAGUUUAACAAUAAUACAUACUUUUACACUUUUAUUUUGAAGAAAACUACGAAUCGCGGCCAUAUUGACAUUUUCGUUAUUGUCGUUGGCUACACGCUGCUGUGUUUUCAGCAUGGGAACCUGUGUGAAGGGAGCUUAACACAUUUCUGUGGGGCAUUUCUAUUUAUGUACAGACAAUUGCGUUAGACACAUUGAACAGUUUCGGUUUUGGCUAUUGCAGGGGAUUGCGCAGGCGGCGUUUUCUUAUUGAAAAGGAAGCUCUGACGUUAGCCACAAAUAGAAUGGAUGAGAGCCUAACCCCAGGAACGAAAGGUAACUUGACUGGAAGUGCAAGAAAACUGAAAGACAAUGCUGCAGAUUGGCACAAUUUCAUUUUGAAAUGGGAUCGCCUGAAUGACGAAGGAUCAACCACUGCAACCAAAAUAGUCAACCUGGUAUUAAGUAAAGAGCCAGUGAAGGAGACCAGUCUUUUGGCGGGGGCCGAUGCUGACCUGGCAAUCACCCCUCCUAUGGGGGCAGACACACUGAGAUCCGUUAAAGCUCUCGAAGAGGAGUGCUCCAAAUUGCAGGAGAUUGUGGAGAAAAUGACUCGUGUCGUCUCCAAAAUGGAAAAAAUUGUGUCGUCUGAGAGAGGAAUCUGCGACCUCGAGACAUUUAAGUUUGGGGCUAAAGGAAGAGACUGUCCACUCUUCCUUUCCUGGCCCACGUCUGACUUUGCGGACGUGUCCACCAGGCUGUGUAAAUGCUACAGGCAGGAGUUGGCCCUGAAGCAGCUGAUCCUCCAGGAGCUGGCCCACACCUCUGAUCCACAGCUCUCCAUGGUUUACCUCUCUGCCUGGCUGUACCAGCCGUACGUAGACGACCAGACUAAACUGCUCUUAGAGAGCCUGCUUCUGGAGACCGGACACAGGACACUUUAAAUCCCUCCCACAACCCACAGCUCUGAAAAACAUCCACUACACUUUGGUCAAUGUCCUGACUGAGAUCCAGAACACCGGACAUUGGGAUCCGUUGCCUACAAACAUAAGUGGGCACCACGGGACAUUCAGUAGAGUUUUUGAAGAUAUGCAUUGCUUGGGAAUUUACUGGCCUUUGAGUGGUCUCCAAGUCCUGCUAUAACAUUUCAGCUAAAGACUGCACAUACCAGUGGAAGCCUUUUCACUGCAAGAGGCCUCACGCUGGGGGUUCGUCUAACAGGAAGUCAUCUGUGUGGACAGUGACAUUUUGUAUGGUCCUGGCUGACCCUGCAACGUCUCAAAAAUGAGGCUGUCCAUUGGGUGUCUUCAUAAACCCCUGAAAGAAUGAAUGACAUUGCUUCACUCGUUGAGAGAGACGCAUUAUUGCUUUGAUAAGCCUUAUCUAGAAUAGAAACACUUGCUGUGAACUGUGAAACUUGUGUGAAAGUGUGAAAAAUUAAACGAUGCCACUGA